AUGGCUAUGGAUAAUAUGGAAGACAUGGAUAUGGGGGGUAUGGACAUGGACAUGGAUAUGGAUACGGGUGGCAUGUCCAUGGGUGGUGGUGAUAUGACAACUGCCAACAAGGCCUAUGCAAGAUACUACUGGUAUUUUGUUGCAACCUCUCUUGUCAUGUUCCUUUUCAUACGGAUCGCCAACUCCAUCCUGUUCGGGUCAAGGCUACGCAGGUCCAAAUCGCACUCCGUACGGUUUCCCACGCGGCCCACGAAUCUCUGCUCGCAAUUAUGGGCGACCUUAACCGCCGUAUGUAGGGAGAUGAGCUAUCCACAGCUUUAUGUUCCAGUCCGAAACUUGACAUGGCUAACGCCACCACCCAUGGGCCAUAUCGUGAUCCUUCUAAUCUACUGGUCCGUUAUUAUUUACAUCACAUUUAAAGAUUCGGUCAUACAGGAUGCAAACCUCGUGGAAAGAGUAGGGUAUCGCAGUGCUUGGGUAACAGUUACGCAGGUGCCUCUUCUCUACUUGUUAGCCUCUCGAACCAACGUCAUCGCCCUCAUUAUCGGCACCAGCUACGAAAGGUUGAAUUGGCUUCAUCGAUGGGUAGCCCGGACCAUAUUGGUUACCACAACGUUACAUGGUUUCUGUUUCUUUGCCGGCUGGGUCGAAUCUGACAUAGUCGACAUAGAGCUCUCGAUGAUGAAAAUGGUCAAGUACGGUCUCGGUGCUUGGGGAAUUUUACUGUGGAUGAACACCACAUCUUUCAAGCCAUUGCGAUCUGCUGCAUAUGAGGUCUUCGUUAUUCAGCAUAUAUUAGCGGCUGCCAUAUUCCUAUGGAUUGUCCACGCUCACGUUCCUGCAAGUGCCGGAUAUAAUGUUUGGUUUGCAGUUGCUGCAUUUUGUUUUGAUCGAGUGUUUCGUCUUGGUCUCUUAGUCUGGCAGAACAUCAAGUUACGCCCGAACCGCUCAUGCUGCCAAGGCGGACAGUGGAUUGGCCAUCAGACACAAGUCUCUCCAGUGGGCGAUUCUAUAACCAUGGUAACUAUAAAGGAUGUUCACUUCAAGUGGAGGACGGGGCAGCAUCUCUACUUGUGGCUACCUAGAAUAGCACCGUUUGAAGCGCACCCAUACACGAUUGCUUCCUCUCAUCAGAUUCCGCACUCGUGUAUCUGCAAUAGCAUUCAACUAGUAAUACGAUCUCACUCGGGCUUUUCAAAGAGGCUCAGCGAAUUUGCGCAAAAGCAGGAAGCAAUGGGAAAGAAACAGACUCUCACAGCCUUAGUCAUAGGCCCAUACGGCAACCCACCAAGGUGGGAUGUUUUUGAAACUCUAGUCUUGAUCUCCGCAUCUACUGGAGCGUCGUUUACACUUCCCAUUCUGGAGAGCGUGCUCCAUCCUAAGAAAGGAACAUGCACCAAGCGUAUAGAUUUUAUCUUAGCGGCUAGGAAAGGGGAGGAAGUUAGGUUCUACCAUGAUCGCCUGCAUGAAGCCGUGGAAAAGGCGAAGUCGAUAGGUAUGGAACUAGUAGUGCAUAUUGCUGUAACAGGGAACGGACAGCUAGGAGCACUAGGCUCUGCGGUUUUUCCAUCGUCUUCGGCUUCUUCAACAGAUGAAAAGAAAACCUUAGAUGAAGAAGUAAAGGUAUCAGUGAACACCGAGGGGGUUGUCCAACCACUGAUGGGCAUUUCGCGUAUGAACCUUUCGGAGUCAAGUCCUGACUCGCAUAUACGCCAUUCGGCGUCGAGGCCGGACAUAGCGGGGUUCAUCAGGACCGCUGUUGAAGCCACAGGGGGGGAAACGGGGAUCGUUGUGUGCGGAGGACAAUCCUUAGUAACCACUGUGAGAACUAAUGUAGCAAAGCUAAGCGACGAACGGGCGGUACACAAGGGCACUGGUGCCCAAGGAAUCUACUUGCAUGUGGAGGAGUAUUGCUUUUGA